AUGUCUUACGAGGAUAAGAAGGAUCUCUAUGAUAUGGAGAUGCAGGUGGAGUCGUCAGCCAACAGCCAUGUUGAGACUGACGGCUACAACGAUGCCACUGUGCUGGAGACGAAGCUGUCUCUGCUGAACAGGCUGGCUGCGAUGAUCAGUGCCGAGACGAAAGGUAUCGAGCCUAUCACGGACGAUGAGAAGAACGACGACUCGCUGAUCAAUGCUGCGUCGAUGUGGUUCUCUGCCAACAUGGUCUUGCCUGCGCUGGCCAUCGGUGGUCUGGGUCCGCUGGUGUUCGGGCUGAACUUCGGUGUCUCUGUGCUCACAAUCGUGUUCUUCAACAUCCUGGGUCUGUUCGCCGUGGCGUUCUUCUCUGUGUUCGGUGCCAAGUUCGGCCUGAGACAGAUGGUGCUGUCCCGUUACUUGGUCGGGAACAUCACUGCCAGAAUCUUCGCGUUGAUCAACUCCGUUGCCUGUGUCGGCUGGGGUAUUGUGAACACUGUCGCCGCAUCCCAACUGCUGAACGAAAUCAACCCGGGCUCCCACCAGCUGCCGCUGUGGGGUGGCUGUCUGGUCAUCAUCGGUGCCACCAUCCUCGUCUCUUUCUUCGGUUACAAAGUAAUCCACACUUAUGAAAAGUACUCCUGGGUCCCAAACUUCGCUGUCUUCCUAGUGCUUAUCGCUAGAUUAAAGAUCUCUGGUAAGUUCCACAACGGUGCUUGGGGGUCCGGCCCUACCACCGCCGGUAGCGUGCUGUCCUUCGGUUCUGCCGUGUUUGGUUUCGCCUCCGGCUGGACUACUUACGCCGCCGACUACACCGUCUACAUGCCCAGAAACACCAACUCUUACAAGAUCUUCUUCGCCCUUGUCGCAGGCUUGGCCUUCCCAUUGUUCUUCACCAUGAUCCUAGGUAGCGCCUGCGCCCAGGCCGCCGUCGACUACACCCCAUGGCAAGAGUUCUACAACAAGAACGGUAUGGGUGGCCUGACAUUCGCCAUCCUGGUGCCUGACUCCCUACACGGUUUCGGACAGUUCUGCUGUGUGGUGCUGGCUAUGUCCACUAUCGCCAACAAUGUUCCAAACAUGUACACCAUCGCCCUGUCCGCACAGUCCGUCUGGGACCCAUUCGCCAAGAUCCCAAGAGUCGUGUGGACCAUGAUCGGUAACUUGGCCGCCUUGGGUAUCUCCAUCCCAGCUUGUUACUACUUCUCCACCUUCAUGCAAUACUUCAUGGACUCCAUCGCCUACUACUUGUCCAUCUACAUCUCCAUCGCUCUAUGUGAGCAUUUGAUCUACAGACACAACAGCUUCAGCAACUACAAUGUCGAGGACUGGAACAACUUCAAGAAGCUACCAAUUGGUAUCGCCGGUACCAUCUCCUUGGUCGUCGGUGCUUUCGGUGUUGCGCUAGGUAUGUCCCAAUCCUACUGGGUUGGUGAAAUCGCUAGACACAUCGGUGAAUACGGUGGUGACAUUGCCAUCGAAUUGGGUGCCGGUUGGGCAUUCAUUGCAUACAACAUUUGCAGACCUCUAGAAUUGAAAUACUUUGGACGUUAA